CGUAGUAAAAGUUAUCUUAGUCGCAUCCUGCUCUAUGUGUAUGGAUUUCCGGAAGUUGACAAUUCUUUGAGCGGACCAGGUAACGUUACGAAAAUGCCACUGCACGGAAAGAUAGUGGUGAUUAAGAGGAGUGGAGGAGACGGCACCGAGUUUCCUCUCACUGCCGCAUGCUUGUUUGGAAGGAAGCCUGACUGCGACAUCCGUAUUCAGCUUCCCCAAGUCUCCAAGGAGCAUUGCAGAAUUGACUUUAAUGAGAAUAAAGAGAUCAUUUUGACUAAUUUGAGCUCUGUGAAUCCAACCCGUGUCAACGGAGAGGCUUUACAGCAUUCUGAACGUUUGAAGCACGGAGAUGUGAUAACUGUUAUUGACCGUUCUUUCAGGUUUGAGUACCCUCCACCACCCACACCAAAGAAGAGGGCUUCGAUAGGAGGCAAAGCUGAAACCUUUAAAGUUCUUCAAAAUCAACAAGUGGGAGAUGCUGCUUCCGCUGAACUUGGAGAAAAAAGGAUCUCUGAAGUGUCCACAGACCCUCAUCUUAAAGAUGGAACUAACUAUGAAAACAUCCAGCGACCCCUGGAGAAAACUCAGGAGGAUGGCCUGCUGCCGAGCAAGACCGCCUCCCCCUUCAGCGAUCUGUAUCAAAUGAUCAAAAAAUCCCUGGAUGUCAAGACUCCUCGUAAAUCAUCUGCCAGUGUGCUCCAAACACCUACCUCGAGGUUCUGCACUCCAAAACCGGGUUCAAUCAGGAAAAAUGAUGAAACGCCCGUCGUUUACAAGGAAGACAAAACCACUCCGAAGAAGGAUGAGGCCGAAGUUUCUUGUAUUGCUGUCGAGACCGAGGAGGAGGAGGAGGCUGAAACUGUAAGUAACGAGACCCCAAAGUCCGUGAAGAAGCAACGGCGGUCCUUCCAGGUUCCUUCCACUGAGAUGGUCGGACCUGAAGUUGAAGAAGCUGAAACUGCUGACCAGUCUGAAGUAACUUCACCCCAGAAGAGGAUCUGUACGCCCCCCCAGAGGUUUACUCCAUGUGAGGUUGUAGAGCAAAUUUCCGCAAUGCCCAAAUCCCCCGUGAGACGAACAUCACCAAGGAACUCUGGGAAAGUAGAAAUGGUGGUCGAGACGUCCAAAAAACGCGAACGCGACGAACAGGCCAGCGACUUGCCCACAUCCCAGAUGAAGAGGGUUUCCUUUGGCGGUUUGCUGUGUCCCGAGCUGUUUGACAAAUGUCUGCCUCCCAACUCUCCGCUGUGUAAAGGAGCCACGCCGCGCAGAAGUGCUUCUGAUGCCAAUCAGUCACUCCUGAGGCGAUCAUCAGCCAUUGGCUCGCUCCAGGGCAAAAGGGGCUCACCAAAAUCCAGGUCCCCUUCUCCUAAGACUGUGACUGUACAAGGGCGCUUCUCUGUGUCGCAGAUUAACACACCAUCUCCAGUUGCAGACGACGACAUAACUGAGCAGGUGCCUUUUGUCACUGUGACUCCCCUGAGAAGGAGGAGCACCUCGUGGGAGACUCCAAGUCAAGCAAAGAGUGCCGUAAAAGUGUUACGCAGAAGUGGCAUUUCACGGGCAUCUAUGAAGGUCAAAAGUUCUUGGGCAGACAUUGUGAAAUUUGGACAAACUAAAACUCAGGUGGCUGCUGCGCCAGCUAAAAAGAUGGUUGCCAAAAAGACAGCAAAGGCUGUCGCCAAACCUCAGACCCCUGCAAGGAACCUCAAAGGCCACGUCAGCACCGGGCAUGCCGAUUCCCCGGUUACCAUUGUUGUGGGCAGAGCUCACAAACAAACAGUCGUACAUCCAACUAGUGCUGCGCCAAAACUGGUCAACAAUAUUGCUCUCCUCCAAAAGCACAUGAAGAUGGAUGAGGACUUGACGGGUAUUUCUGAAAUGUUGAAACCCCCUGGAAACGAAAUGAACAAAGCCCCAAAAACACAAGUGGGAGGUCUGAGCACAUCUGUGGCUGAGCCAUCUGUGUUGAACACACCAGAGGAGUCAGGUGAAAUGAUGGUGUCUCCGCUGACCGUUUCAUCUACGAUGAAAGACCGAAGCUACAGUAGCGAGGCCGUCCAACGCCUCUUUAACGAUCAAGAGUCCAGCAUCGUUGGCGACGGCCCUGCCGUGGAUGAGUCCGCAGAUUUGAAGACAACCUCGGUAACGACUCCCAAACAGAAGCCACAAACACCGGACUGUCUCAUCGGAGUGAAGAGGAUGAUGAAGACGCCAAAACAGAAAGCUGAGCCCAUUGAGGACCUGAGAGGGAAGAUUUUGAAAACUCCGACGCAGAAGCCAGAAAUCCAAGAGUGUCUCACCGGAGUGAAGAAGAUGAUGAAGACGCCAAAACAGAAAGCUGAGCCCAUUGAGGACCUGAGAGGGAAGAUUUUGAAAACUCCGAAGCAGAAGCCAGAAACCCAAGAGUGUCUCACCGGAGUGAAGAAGAUGAUGACGACCCCAAGACAGGAAGUGGAACCUGUAGAGGACAUCAAAGUGGAGCUUCUGACUCCUCCCACCCAGAAGCCUGAACAACAAGAGUGCCUCACUGAAGUGGAGGCCGUUUGUAACACUCCACAACCGGAGGCUGAGCCUCUUGAAGACCAAGAAAAAUCUCUGGAAGCUCCCGAGGCUGUUACGGCACCGGCACACGUCCAAGAACCAGAAGACCUCUCGGAAAAGAGAGACGUGACAGCGGAAAGCGUCAAGAGCUCCCCGUUGGUAUGUCUCUCACAAGGCAAGAAAGUAGUGAAGACUCCCAAGAUGCUGACUGAACCCUCAGCACAACCAGAGAUCCAUGAGGUUGCAGACCAAGCACCUCUAGAUUGUGAUGAAGAUGUAGCAAAAGAACUCAUCUUUGCCCACGAGGAGCCACAAGACGACGUGCCAACAGAAGUGAUUAAUGAUGUUCCCCAACUUGACAUGAAAGCAGAAGCGGAUGCAGAGGAAGUAGUCGUUGAUGACCGCUUGCCGGUGUUACCUGAAGCCCAACCUGACCUGGAAGCUGCUACCAUCAAAGUCACAAACUUGGACACAGCUGCCACUGUAGAAUCUCUUGUGGCCGAUGCCGCAGACGACUGUGAUGCAGCGGUUGUCCCCACUCCAGUCAAAAGAAGGAGGAAGAAAAGCGAAGCUACGGCAUCACCCGCUGUCAGACAGACGACGAGAGGCAGGAAUGCCAAGUCUCAUGGAAGCGCCUCUGAGGAUCAGCCUGAAACGGCACCAGAGAAAGUUUUGGAAUCUACACCGGCGAGCGAGAUUUCCACUGAAGCUGUGAGUGACCGAGCGUCGCCAAUGGAAGAAAAUGAUUGUGCACCUGCUGAGGAGGAAGCCGUGGAGAAGCCCGCCAGAGGGAGAAAAACUAAACAAACACCUGUUAAGCCACCUCAGACAAAGCUGAAUGAAGUUGUGGGUGUCGAGUCUCUUCCUGCAGACGCUCAACCUCUGGAAAAACCCAGAAGAGGGAGAAAGACCAAACCUGAUGCGGCUGAACAAAUCGAGGUGGCAGAAGACGCCGUUUUCCCCAUGGAGACCAAGCAGCAGGAGCAGCCUCCAGUCAGGGCUAAGAGGGGAAGAAGUGUGAAGCAGGAAGAAGAAAAGCUGGACUCUGUGUCAGUGGAGACAACCAAAUGCCAGGAGCCGGCUAAAAAAUUGAGGAGAACCAAGAAGGCGGCGCAAAAUCAAGCUUCUGAAGAUCAAGCUGACAUUGUGCCAGAGCCUGAGAUGCAACAGAGUCCCCCGGUUGAGGCAAGCGACAGUGCAGCGCUUCUGGAGAAGGCUGCGUUGAAGCCCAAGCAAGGAAGAAAAGCUAAACAGCCCGAGGAGCAGCAAGAUGUGCCUACGAGAGAAGCAGAGGAAAGUGAAACCUGCAGUGUGGCGCACAGUAGGGGAGAUAAAAAUAAGUCGGCAGCUGCCAUGGAAACGGCUCCCGUAACGGAGAGCCUACCUGAGGUGGAAACGGCAACUUGCAAAGUCACAGAAAUGGAUGCAGCCGUUCCCAAGAAGUCUGUUCGAGGCAGAAGGGCGAAGCUAAUGGAGGAUAAACAGGAGGCAUCCGACAGCUGUGACGACGCCGUCGUCCCUACUCCAGCCAGAGGAAGAAGGGGGAAGAAAUCCGAAGCUGCAGCACCACCCGCUGAAAAUGAUUCUGCACCCGCUGAGGAGGAAGCUGUCACGAAGCCCACCAGAGGGAGGAAAUCUAAACAAACACCUAUUGCGCCGCCUCAGCCAGAGCUGAAUGAAGUCAAGUCCCUUCCUGCCGACGCUCAACCUCUGGAGAAACCCAGAAGAGGGAGAAAGACCAAGCCUGAUGCGGUUGAACAAAAUGAGGUGGCUGAAGACACAGUGGUCGCUCCAGUCAGGGCGAAGAGGGUAAGAAUCGCAAAGCAGGAAGAAGAAAAGCAAGUAUCUGCAUCAGUUGAGAUGACCAAAUCCCAGGAGCCGGCUAAAAAAUUGAGGAGAACCAAGAAGGCGGAGCAAGACCGUGAAGAAGUCCACGCCAUUGAAAUGGUCCCAGAUGAGGUUGAAGCGCCAAUUGUUGCUGAACCAGUGAAGAUGAAAGAACAGGCUGCAAAACCAAGGAGAGGUCGUAAAGCCACAGAGGACCAAGAGGUCCCGGCUGUCGAUUCCGCAGAUGAGCCUGAAGCUCCAGUCGUGAAGCGGAGCAGGGCAAAAGCCUCAGUGAAAACCGAGGUUUCACAAGCCACUCCGGUCAAGAAAGCCCGUCGAGGUGCAGCCCUUCCUCUUGAGACGAGUGAAGAGUCCACAGUUGAGGUUUCAGAGCCUGCGGCAACUUCAGUAGCGCCUGCCAAGAGAAGCAGACGGGCAGCAGCCGCUGAACCGACACAUCCCAGUGAGGAUUCACGCAAAGCUGUUGACACAAAACCGUCCAAAAGAUCCGUCAGGGGUAAAGCAGUCGUUGACGUUCCACAAGCAACACCUGUGAAGGCCGUUCGAGGUAGAAAAUCCAGACUAGUGGACACCGAGAGCAACAAUGACGAAAAGGCUGCUGACGAGACUGAAGAGAUGGAUCUCUCAGACAAAGUUGCUGAAGCUCAGCCCGCCAAGAGAACCAGGAAGAUGCCGAAGGUCGCCGAGGUCAAGGUGAAAAGUGUCGAGGCAGACGCACGGCUCAAAACCCGGAGAGGAAGAUCAGCAAAGGAAUAAAUCGUCUAUUCAUCCUAAUGACUGUUUUUUCCCCUUGUCAUUUUUAUUAGAUUGUGUGGCAUUUUAGAAAGUAGUUUUAUAGACUGAAAAUUUAAGCACUGCUUCAUUUUUUCUAUUUUUUUUCAAUACGGCAGGGAAAGUUUUUCUACCAUUGACUUUGUAUGUUCAUUGGUCGUUUUAAAAUUGUGUAAAUGGUGGAAAAAUAAUUAUUAAAUUUGUUUGUAAAAUGGGAAA